UAAAAUUUCAUUUUUUAGAUUUUUAUGAAUUUCCGCCACUUAUUUUUUGUAAAAAUAUCUUUGCUCUACAAUUAAUCUGUGUUCUGUUUACACCAUGUUGUUGAAGAAACUGCUGAAUAUAUUUAUGUACAUUAUGCGUACCUUGAGUUUAUUGUGUACUCUGUACAGUGUACACAUUCCUCUUCUUUUCAGACACAAAAUGCCUCCUCUACAAUACUUUGAUAAAGCAGUGGAAGCCAUAUUUAAAAACUGGUCGGGAUUCCAGUUCGCUUUACAGCAGGGCGCUGGCGGUCCUGAGAAUAAAGAUAAAGAAUCCUGGUUUAUUUCCGCAACAGAAUCUUGGUUCUACGAAAACACAAACCUUCAAGGGUACGAGGUCGCAGACUUUCUCGAGCAAAUCCUCCAGCAGGAGUUCGAUCUCAUCAUCGAGGACGGGUCCUUGGAGGAGGUCGGGGAAAAGGUGUGUCGGUAUUAUAAUCUGUGUUCUACGAGAACGGGAGAUGAGGUUCUAGAACAAUUGCGCCUUUUGCCACGUUGUGAUCUUAGUUUGUUUAAAUGUGAAGACGAUAAUGAAGAAGAAAGUGGUGAUGAAGAAGAAGAAAUUAAUAGCGGCGAUCUGAACAGUUUAGAAGAUAAUAUUGAAAAUAUGGAGGUUUCUGAACCUCAUGGCCCUACAGUCGACGAGGAUGGAUUCACGAUGGUGGAGAAGAAGAAGAAAAGAUAGAAGCAAUAAAAUAUUUUUUCUUUAACAUAAAAUAUAUUUUUUUCAGA